AUGCUUCAAAGAACAUCAGAAGAUUUUUUUCCAAAGAUGGAAAGUUCAGUUGAAGAGAUGGAUACCUCUGAUACCCAGUGGGGCUGGUUUUAUUUGGCUGAGUGUGGUAAAUGGCAUAUGUUUCAGACUGAUUCAAACAGUCAUUGCUCUGUUAGCAGUGAAGAUAUUGAAAGGAGCUUCCGAACAAACCCACAUGGUUCCGUUUCUUUUACUACUGCAAAAUUUAACUACAUGCUAGACUUUUCAGUGAUGAAACAAACCAACCUAACUACGCUUAAGCAACGUCCAAUAAAGCGAGCUCCCUUUUCUAUCAGUGCUUUCAGUUUCAUCUGUGAAAAUGAGGCUAUCCCUAUGCCUUCACACUGGGAGAAUGUGAAUACUGAGGAGCCAUAUCAGCUUAUUCCAUUGCAAAAGAAAACAAAUGAAUAUAAUGAAGUUUCUAGUCUCUUUGGAAAAACAAUGGAUAGCCACCGAAUUAAAAGAAUUAAGAGAAUACAAAAUCUAGACUUGUGGGAGUUUUUUUGCAGGAAAAAAGCUCAACUAAAGAAGAAAAGAGGUGUCCCAACUAUUAAUGAGCAGAUGUUAUUUCAUGGCACCAGUAAUGAAUUUGUAGAAGCAAUAUGUAUUCAUAAUUUUGACUGGAGAAUAAAUGGGAUGCAUGCUGCUGUAUAUGGAAAAGGGACCUAUUUUGCAAGAGAUGCAUCAUAUUCCAGUCGUUUCUGCAAAGAGGACAUGAAGCAUGGAGAUACUUUUCAAAUUCAUGGUGUGAAUCUGCAGCCUCACCUGCAUAGACCAGAUAAAGUCAUGUUUCUUGCUCGUGUGUUAACUGGUGACUAUAUCAAUGGUGAUUCAAAAUACAUGAGGCCUCCUUCAAAAGAUGGAAGUUUUGUGAACUUGUAUGACAGCUGUGUGGAUAACACCUGGAACCCAAAGAUCUUCGUUAUCUUUGAUGCCAACCAAAUCUACCCUGAGUACUUAAUAGAAUUUUGUUAAGCUUGAAAGGAGCUGAACUGAAUAUUGUUUGGUUUUUUGAUACUUUUGUUCCUUUUCUAAAGACAACAAUAUAAAAACAUAAAGCGUCAAAGGAGAGAGGUGAAAUAAAAGCUAGUGUAUGUUUAUGGAGGAGGGAAGCUAUUAAACAUUUAAGAGAGACUGUCAAACAAACUGUUUUUAAAAAUCUGUAAAGCAUUUUUCAAAUUUAGAGACUGUUACAAAUUUGAAGUUGCUUAGUGAGCCUUGAAUACAUUUGGCAUUGGUAAGUUUUCAAAGGCAAGAUUUAUGUUCUGAUUUUUUUUUAAUAACAUAACAAGUAUUUAUUCAUGUGGUAGAAAUAUGCCUCUAGUGUAGUAUGCGUAUGAUGAAACUAAUCUUUUAUAAAGAUUGUAGAACAUAAAAAUAAGAAAACCACCACCACCAAAAAAACCCCAGGGGACUUGGCCACAUAUAUGUGUAUGUUUGUGUUCUGUAGUACAUGUUGCUUUGUGUUUGGAGGUCUCUUAGUUUAGAUUCUAAACCUACCAAAAAAUCCAUCUACAGAAAACUGGUGAAGGAGCUACAAAGUUCACCAAAGCUGUUAUGUUUAACUUUAGGUACAUUUUACUGUAAGCUUCAAUUAUAUACUUGCAAAGCUUUGUUCAUAUGCUUGCAAGAUUAUAAAACCCUUGCACUAGGAUUUGAACUCUGGUUUUGAUGGAAAUGAUGCGCAUAAGCUCUUGAGCUCAGUGUUGGAAUAUCAGCAGUGCCAUAUACCCUUCUCUGUUCUUAUUCUAUAGAAUUUUUGCCCUCUUGUUAUAGUAUGCAUAUGCAUGCACUUACAUUCAUGCAGCUGUGCUGCUGUGAUUCUUGCCUGAUCAGGGUUUAAGAAGCACUCAGUGCCCAUGUAAUUACUGUUACUGAAGACAAUGUUUAGAUUAACUUUGCUGGAAAUAAUACAGUUAAACUAACAAUGAAAAUUU